AUUAAAUAACACUCAACUUCAAGGUACUUUUAACACUAUGUUGCUCGAACUCUUGAAAAAUGUUGAUGGAUGCGUGUCGGAUCCUCGAGCAACUUAGCUUUAAUAUACUUUAUUAAUCACCUUGUAAAGAGGCACAUUGACACUUCAAUAUCUUUGAAAUCCAUGGCUUUGAUUGUAUAUAACUGCAUAAAGGAUGAAAUUUUAUGUUCCUGUCUCUCAUAAAGAGAAAUUAGAUUGAUAAAAACAAAACCAAAAGAUGCCUUUUUGACUUAAUUGCCUAGAGAACUAUGAUGAUAAAUUAAUAUUAUUAUCUAUUAGUAAACUUGAGCAUGGAAAUAUCAUAUACUGAUAUUAAUCAAAGAAAAUAUAUUGUUAUAUCUAUCGUAACUAAUAAAUUGCUACCGAUAAUUGACGAACAAGCCUUGCUUUACCUGGGCAAAGAAACAAAUUGUGAGUGCUUUGUCUUUCUUCAAAAUAAUACACUUGCUAACUAUACUAACAUGGAACGAUGCUAUUUGGAGAGACCUUAAUUAGUUAAGUAGUUAAAUUCUUGAAUAGAUUUCAAAAUUGUCAAUUUCUCCUAAACUGGAUACUUUGUUGACAAUAUUGGAAACCUCAAGAGGCACAGAAGAAAAAUUAGAUAAACUUGGAGACCAUAAUGCAAUAUUUCCGUCAGUAAAAAAAAUCACCAAGCUCCAUUGACAACGCAAAGUUUCUUUAGCAUAAAUUGGAAGAAAUUUUGAAAUGGGUUACUCAAGAGAAGGCAUUGCAUGGGCUUUUGGAGGUGGACACAUUAACCCUGGUGUUAACAUUUGGUCUGUUUCUGGCAAGGAAAUUGUCCCUAUCCAGGGCAAUGUUCUACAUUGUGAUGCAAUGUCAUGGUGCAAUUUGUGUGCCAAUGAUGUCAGCCGUGGUUAUACCAAGGGAGAUGGCCUUGGUGCUGAGAUUAUUGGUACUUUUGUUCUUGCCUGCUGUGUCUUAUGUGCUGCUGAUGCCAAGAGAAAUGCCAGAGACUUCCAUGUCCCUAUUUUGGCUCCUCUUUCAAUUGGAUUUCCAGUGUUCUUGGUUCAUUUGGCCACCAUCCUUAUCACCGGCACUAACCCUGUUAGAAACCUUGGUGAUGCCAUUGUCUACAACGGAGAACAUGCGUGGGAUGACCAUUGAAGGAGGUCUCUGGUAAUUCAAUUUCAAGAAACCCAUCUGCUACAAAUGGCGAAGAAGGGGGGCAAGAGAAUUUUCAACAAA